AUGUCUGCAUCCGCCCCAUACACAGUCGCCUUUGUCUCGCCUCCAGAUGCCGGUCCAUGGCCUGCCUCGGGCCUCCCGCACACGCCCUGGCUACCUCCCGCCGACCUCGGGGCUGGUCAUGGCCCGGGCCUGCUUGUCCUCGCUCUCGCCCGCCCGGCUCUUCUCACAGACGUCAUCGUCCGCAACUAUAACACGCCCUUUGUGGAGAUCAUGGUUGUUCAUGACGGAGAUGCACCGGCGAGUGCUGUGCUCGCUGCGGAUGGCAUCGAUCGGGCCAGCCUGUGGACGGUCGCCGCCCGCCCCGUCCUGCCUAUCAAGCAGCUCCUCCCGCCCGAUCCGCCGCACUCGAGCCUACCCAGCCCUCCGCCGCUGCCGUUGCCGCCGCCGCCGGCACCAGGCGUGCUCGCCACCAAAGUCUGGUCCUUUGGCUCCGGUGCACUUGCCGCCGGCCUGCUGGACACGCCCAUCUCACACCUGGUGGUCCGCAUCACCGCCCUCCGCCCGCGCCGCAUGGGCCUUGCCCGCAUCGACAUCUGCGUCCGUACUCCACCGCCGUCGGACAGGGCCCGUGCCCGCGGCGCAGCCGGCGGUCUCCUCCGCCUCGGCUCGCUCCUCGACGCCCCACCCCAGCCGCCGUCGCUGCCCAAGGCUGACGUCGACGCCGCGCUCAAGGACAUGCUUCGCCCUCUCGGCAAGUCCCAGCUCUCGUUCGACACUCCCGCUGCCGCAGCCUCGAUCCACCGCGCUCCAUUUGCCGGCGACCCCUCACUGAAGGCCUCACCGCUCGAAGGCCUCAUUCCGCUCCACAAGCGCAUGUCGUCACUCAAGCCGCCGCCCAGCUCGUCAUCGUUUGACGAGUGGCAGGCCGAUACGGCCGCCAUCAAGGCCGCCGCCGCCAAGGCUGCCAAGAUUGCCCGCGCCAAGGCCCGCCGUGCCGUUGCUGCCGCCUCCACCUUUGAGUUCAUCCCCAACUCGGCGGCCGCCACCAACACAAACCGCCGCGCCCCAUCAGCAGUCGCCACCCCGCGCGAGUCAGUCAUUGUCAACGACCGAUCGCCUGCUGCUUCCUCGCCGGCUCCCUCGGCUGCGGCCCCGCCGAACCCUCCAUCACGCAAGCGCAAGCGCACGCCGCCGCCGCCAACCACACUUGCCCACAUCACCUUUACCAUUUCUGGCAUCGCCAAUCCCGAGCGCGCCACCCUCCGCAGCCUCGCCGCCGCCAUGGGGGCCACAUACUCCGCAGCCUGGUCGGCAGCUUGCAAUUUGCUCAUCGCCGCACCUGGCUUUGAUCACGCCGCCAAGGUCAAGGCCGCUCGCGCCGCAGGCAAGCCGGUCGUCGGUCCCGACUGGCUCCACGACAGCUACGCGGCCCACGCGCCUGCGCCACUUCCCUCAACCGCCUCAGCCCCGGCAGCCCCGGCUGCGGCCCCAGCUACAACGUCGGCGUCGGGCUCGACGGAGGAGAUCGCCGACUACAACGCUGACACCGACGACAAUGAUGACGGCAUUGCCGAUGCCGGUGACGCAUGUGCCGCGUCGUCGGCGUCAUCGUCGUUGGCCCCUCUUCGCCGUGCUUCGUCGUCCGCCAUCGCUGCCGGCGUCCACGUUGUUGUCGUCGCCAAAGAAGCGCUGCCGCUUCCAGAGUCGCGAUCCCCCGGCACCGGGCCGACCUACGUCACGCCGGCCUGGGUCCAGCAGUGCGCUGACGCGGCCCAGCUCCUCCCGCCACCAUCCUGA